GAGAGAAAUAGACAAAUAGAUUUAUUAGUUUAUCAACUCUCUCUCUACAACUAAGCAAGAAAAGAUGUCUAUGGAAGAUUCUCAGCCAUUGUUUGUAAUCGACAACCCUUUUACAACUAAAAAGCGUAAAUCGACAACAAAAAUCGAUGAUGCACUGGUAGAGAAAAAAAAGAAGUAUGACUUAGUCAUAUCGAAGGAUGAAUCCUCGUUUAAAAGUAUCCCACCGUAUUCGAUAUACAUAUCGCAUGGGUUUAACCUGGAAAUUAAAGAAUUCAGACAACAGUAUUAUAUAUGUUUAGCGAAAACAACUGCUAAAGGCGAGAUACAGAAUAGAUUCAACAUCCCGGUAAAAGAAGUUAAAUUUUUAUUCAAGCUUUGA